CUCAUGUGGAUGCUGGCACUAGGUGGGAUCUUCCUGGCAGCCGCCCAGGCCUGUGUCUUCUGCCGCUUCCCAGACCGUGACUUGUCGGGCCGCCUGGCUCAGCUUUGCAGCCAGAUGGAGGCCCAGUGGAAGGACUGUGAAGUCUCCUGGAACUUCUCGGCCUUUGCCUUAGAUGAUGCAUCCUUGAAAAAAGUCACAGAGAAGACUCACAGAGUCCUGAGGGUCAUGGAGAUCGAAGGGUCUCUCUCCUCACUCCUUUCAUAUUGGAAAUGGCUUCAAAAGACCAAGCUCCCAGAAUACAACAGGGAAGCUCUCUGCGCUCCCGCCUGCCGGGGCAGCACCAUCCUGUACAACUGCUCCACCUGCCAGGGUUUCGAGGUGUACUGCUGGCCCCGAAAGCGCUGCUUCCCAGGAUCUUUGGGAAGCCAGGAUUCUGCUGCUCUUUGUCUCUGGAGCCGCCCUCCUCCUGGGUAUUCUGAGCUUCGCGGUGGAGUACAGCCACCUCCAAGCAAAAAGUGA